AUGGGUCGUGAAUUGCAAAAGAAGAAGCGCCGCUCCGGCCGCAUGCCGAUUCGCCAGUCCAACAAGACGAAAAAGAUUCUCAACCCGCGGGGCAACAACAUCAUUGCCGACAACUGGGACAAGAAAUCCACGCUGUCGCAAAACUACCGCCGUCUCGGCCUCGUGUCCCGCCUGCGCGCACCCACUGGCGGCGUCGAGGGCCGUCUCGACUCGUCCUCCAUCGCCGCUCUCCAGGCCGCCCACUCCGCCGCCGACGCCGCCUCCUCGUCCGCGUCCUCCAACCCCAACCCCUUUGCGAUUGACAGCACCGAAAAGGCCAUCGUCUCCGAGGCCAGAGUCGAGCGGGACGCCUCUGGCAGAAUCACCCGCGUCAUCCACCCCGGCGGCGACAACCCGCUCAACGACCCCCUCCGCCACCUCGACAACGAUGACGAGGAGGAGGAGGACGUCGUCACCGAGCUCGACGACGGCAGCUACAAGAAGAACAAGAGAUCCAAGGAGGAGCACGAGGAGUGGGGCGGCAUCGUGGACGCCCAGGACGAGAGCAUGACGGACGUGGUGCGCGAGCUCGUGGAGCAGGCCCGCAACCCGGCGCCGAAAAAGGCCAGGCACCUGAGCGAGAGGGAGUCCGAGUGGCUGCACAAGCUGGUAGCCAAGCACGGCGACGACACGCGCGCCAUGGCGCGGGAUGCCAGGCUCAACCCGAUGCAGCAGACGGCGGCCGACAUUGCGCGCAGACUCAAGAAGCUGAACUGA